AUGGUGAGACCCAUUAUCACCUACGGUGCGGUUGUUUGGCACAAAAGAACCGAACUAGUUACAACUAAAAAGACAUUAAACAAAGUUCAAAGAUUGGCCUGCUUAUGCAUUACUGGCUCAAUGAGAACUUGCCCUACAGCAGCAAUGGAAGUCAUCCUCCACUUAACACCACUCCAUGAAGUAAUAAGUAGUACUGCUAACGGAACAAUCUUGAGAUUUGCAAAAGAGGGAACUGGUACGGGCAAGAGUAUUGGUCUCAAAGAAAGGGACUCAAUAUCGAACACCACAGUUAAAAACCUCCUUGACAUCCCAAGAGAUUGCAUGAUCAAGAAAUACAACUUUGAGAAAAACUUUCAAACACAGUUUAGUAGCAAGGCAAAGUGGUGGUACACUGAUGGAUCGAGAACAGCUGAUGGAACUGGAGCAGGAAUAUUUGGGCCUAGAACCAAAAUUUCCAUUCCAAUGGGACAGUUUCCUAGCAUUUUUCAAGCGGAAAUCAACGCUAUAGAUAAAUGCGCAGAACGUAAUCUCGAAAGAAAAUACAAAAACCAAAACAUUGCCAUCAUGUCUGAUAGCCAGGCCGCACUUAAAGCUAUAAACUCAUACGCCAUCAACUCCAAACUCGUAUGGGAAUGUGUGAAGAAGCUGAACGAGCUUGGCAAGGCAAAUAAAAUAACACUGUACUGGGUUCCCGGACAUGUUGGAGUACAAGGGAACGAAGUAGCAGACUCCUUAGCAAAAGCAGGUGCAACCGCACCUCUUAUGGGCCCAGAACCAUAUUGCGGAAUUGGAGACAGCACGAUCAAACAAAUGAUAAAAACCGAUGAGGAGGCCAAACGAACUAAAAUUUGGAAAGAGACUCCUAAACUCAGACAGGCGAAAUCACUACUUGGGAAUUACAACCAAAAAAGAUUUAAAACCUGCAUUAACCUGAGUAGAAACAACCUGAGAAUAAUAACAGGGAUCCUUACAGGCCACUGCAAGCUGAGAAAACACCUCAACAACAUUGGCCUGGCAGACAGUGCCACCUGUAGAUUCUGCAACAAUAAUGAAGAGACGCCAGAACACAUACUGGGCAACUGUGAAGCACUAAUGCACAAUCGACACAGAUACCUGGGCCAGCACCAGGUAACAAGACUAUGGUCUCAAGAUCGCAGGGAAUUCACAUCAAAUGACGUUGUUGGUGUUGUGCGGUGGUACAGUGGAGAAAAAAGGGCGCCUCACGCAAUGCAUCGUUUUAUUACUCCCAUGAGCGCAGCCCAGCGCAUAUCCCGCAUAUUGCAUGAUGGGGACUUUCUAUGGAGGAAAUAA